CCGGGAGUCGGUCGGAGCCGCCAAGAUGUCGCAGCCCAAGAGAAGAAAGCUUGAGUCGGGGGGUGGCGGCGAAGGAGGGGAGGGAACUGAAGAGGAAGAUGGCGGAGAGCAGGAGGCGGCCCUGCCGCGACCCCGGAGGGCUAGGCGGGAGCGGGACCAGCUAUACUAUGACUGCUACUCAGACAUAUCGGUCCACGAGGAGAUGAUUGCGGACCGUGUCCGGACCGAUGCCUACCGCCUGGGCAUCCUGCGGAACUGGGCAGGACUACGGGGCAAGACUGUGCUGGACGUGGGCGCGGGCACCGGCAUUCUUAGCAUCUUCUGUGUGCAGGCCGGGGCCCGGCGCGUGUACGCGGUGGAGGCCAGCGCCAUUUGGCAACAGGCCCGGGAGGUGGUGCGGCUCAACGGGCUGGAGGAUCGGGUGCACGUCCUGCCGGGGCCGGUGGAGACGGUGGAGUUGCCGGAGCAGGUGGAUGCCAUCGUGAGCGAGUGGAUGGGCUACGGACUCCUGCACGAGUCUAUGCUGAGCUCUGUGCUCUACGCGCGGACCAAGUGGCUGAAGGAGGGCGGUCUUCUCCUGCCGGCUUCCGCCGAGCUCUUCGUGGCGCCCAUCAGCGACCAGAUGCUGGAGUUGCGCCUGGGCUUCUGGAGCCAGGUGAAGCAGCUCUACGGGGUGGACAUGAGCUGUCUGGAGAGCUUCGCCACGCGCUGCCUUAUGGGCCACUCGGAGAUCGUGGUGCAGGGUUUGUCCGGGGAGGACGUACUGGCCCGGCCGCAGUGCUUUGCUCAGCUGGAGCUGGCCCGCACCGGCCUGGAGCAGGAGCUGGAGGCUGGGGUGGGCGGGCGCUUCCGCUUCAGUUGCUACGGCUCAGCGCCCAUGCACGGCUUUGCCAUCUGGUUCCAGGUGACGUUCCCCGGAGGGGACUCGGAGAAACCCCUGGUGCUGUCCACCUCGCCUUUUCACCCCGUCACGCACUGGAAGCAGGCACUCCUCUACCUGAACGAGCCUGUGCAAGUGGAACAAGAUACGGACAUUUCCGGAGAGAUCACGCUGCUGCCCUCCCGGGAUAACCACCGUCUCCUGCGCGUGCUACUGCGCUACAAAGUAGGCGACCAGGAGGAAAAGACCAAAGACUUUGCCAUGGAGGACUGAGCGUUGCCUUUUCUCCCAGCUACCUCCCGAGGCGCCCAGACCUGCGUGGUAGAGGCGGCGGGGGGUCGGAGGAGAAAGGGAGAUCCCACGUGCAAGUUUGUUUGGCAGUAUCAGCGUGGCUGUGUAUGACGGACAGUGUAUGACUGGACACCAGAUGAUCCAAGCCCUUUGGAGUGACAACACUUCCAGAAGGAUGAGAGCGUGACAUGCUCCAAUAUCCAGGCACUGUGCAGUCUCUGUGUGAGCUGGAUUGCCUAGGGUCAUUUGGACCACAGGAAUAACUGUCAGCCCUAAGGAGGGAAAACAUGAUGAAGUUCUACCUGCUUUCUUCAGACAGCUUACAUUUAUUUAGCACUGUGAAACUUUCCAAAUAUUUAUGUUAAUUCACUGGACCAAUGGACAUUUUAUUGAGUAUACCAGAUAACAGUCAUUGUGAUAAGCACUUAGGUAUACAAACCAAUAAAACAUAGUUUUGCUUCCAA